UACAUCAGUCGCUAAAUCUCUUGUAACCUCUUCCAGACAUUCGGUACUCCAAUCAUACGACGGUUGAGGAAGCGUUUACUAUUCUACGCUAGACAGUCGUCCUACAUCGGAGAGGGCUGGUCCAUUUCCAGCCAUGGUACACAGCUCUACCAUGAAGCGAAAGCGAUGUCAAAGUCCCGCAGAAUCGCUUCCUUCAAAGAAGGUUGCUCAAGAGAUAGAUGCAGGAAGUCCGGGCAAGAUAUGUCAGCUCAUCUGUAUUCUCCAGCAAUAUGGCUUGCUAGUGGGAAUCACGAAACACCUUUUCCCAAAGGACCUGCAUGCACUGGCGGCGACCUCUAAAGCGACUUACAAUGCCAUUUUCCCGAGAAAUACAAGCCGGUGUAGCUUGCUUAAGAAGAUGCCCUGUGAUGGCCGUGGUGUCGCCAUACGAAAUGACCUACAUAAGAGAUCCCAGUUCAGCCAAGGAGCCGUGGAGAGUAAUCAGUGUGGUACUGUCGCCAAAAAUCGGAAAGUUGAGUCUCGGCCAUGCGUCAAGUGCAAGGUCACUACAUGUGACGAGUGUCGAAUACAUUGCGUCUACCAAAGCAUCCGGCAUCCUGCAGAUGAGCCAGAUGAAUUCGAUAAUUACAGCGGCUUUGUGCUCUUAGAUGAGACCGAAAUGGGAGUGCUAAGCCAUUCCCACAUGUUUGCAAACGACGACCUACCAAAUGGCGCUGCACGGUGGGGAGAAUUACCACACCAUGAUCAAGGCUUUCUCGAUAUCCCACUCGACUCUCCUACAUUUGUGUCUCCGGUGGAAAUCGAGGAACUGAUCAGCAUGGACCUGGGAAUGCGUCCCAUAGCUGCCGAGGUGUCAUCAGGGAUAGCCCAUCCGUCUUCUAUCCUCAGAGCCUUUUGGGACAUUACCGAGAAACGCAAGCGACCAUGCUGCAAAACGUGCCUAUCAAAUUUUGUCCGCCGCGGUGACAAAACACACACCGUGUGCGACUGCACACUGAAGAGCCAAUUCCUUGACCGAUGGCUUUGUCUUCGUUGUUACCAACUAGAACAGAAGACCGUAGAAGAAUCCACCGAAGGCGUAGCCGAUGAGCUUUCUGGACUCUGCAAUUGCGGAGAAACACUCGAUGAUGAAACAGAACGAGUAAUUUGCCUAUGGUGUUACGGCGAAGUCACCAACCCAUGGGGCGUUAUUGACGUCCAAUCCCCUACUUCAACCGUGGCAUAGACAUGCCCUAACCAUUCACCCUGUCGCUUCGCUCAUGAAACGGCUCGCGUACCUUCAGCGGAUACCCCGGAUUGACGGUGUACGGAACUGGAGUUUCUUUCCCUAUUUGAUCGGCAUAUACCCUGGAUUUAAAAGCGAGCUGGGAUAUUCAAUUCUCCCCACUAUGUUCGAGAUAUACCCAGGGUUGCUGCAACAUGGCGUUCGAGUUGAGAGGUUUAUUGUUUUUUGGGCCCACAUCCGUCUUUUCCUUUUCUUCUCGUUUUCAAAAGUGUUUCUUUUGAAACAUCUUUCCAACUCUCCUCU